UAGCACACUUCAGUUAGUUCAGUCUCUCAUCUGCAACUAUAAAACAUCAGUAUCAUUUCACACUGCAGUUAUCAGGGUCUUUGGUAGCACACUUCAGUUAUCAGGGUCUUUGGUAGCACACUUCAGUUAGUUCAGUCUCUCAUCUGCAACUAUAAAACAUCAGUAUCAUUUCUCACUCUCUCAUUUCUAUCCCACCAUUCCAUCACACAGACUUUGAAACCUACCUUGAGGAAAAUCAUAUGUACUGAUUCUGAAGUGAAGUUCCAAAAAGUUUCGUGGAAAAAGAAAAAAUGGGUGCUGUUAGAAUCUUUGCAAUCUUUUUUUCAAGCUCUCUCUGCCUCUACAUUGUCUUGGCUCUAAUCCGGGUCGUUCACAAACUAUGGUGGACUCCUAUUCGCAUACAACAUCAAAUGCGUUCACAGGGAAUCACAGGUCUUCCUUACAGAUUCGUCGGUGGAAGCACCAAAGAAAUUUUGAACAUGAAAAAAGAAGCCUUGAGUAGGCCAAUGGGUUUAUCACAUGACUUAUUGUCCAGAGUUCAGCCUCAUGUUCAUUCAUGGGUCAACAAAUAUGGGAAGAAUUUUCUUCAAUGGUAUGGCACUCAACCUCAACUGGUCAUUACAGAACCAGAGCUUAUCAAAGAGAUACUGAACAAUAAAGACAAAGCUUAUCCGAAGGAAGCGGCUGUAGGCUAUAUGAAGAAGCUCUUCGGAGAUGGGCUUUCGGCAUCUGAAGGUGAAAAAUGGGCAAAGAUGAAGAAAUUGGCCAAUCAUGCCUUCCAUGCCGAGAGCCUGAAAAAUAUGACUCCAGCAAUGAUCACAAGUGCGGAGGAAAUGCUAGAACGGUGGAAACAUCAUGAAGGCAAAGAGAUCGAGGUAUUCGAAGAAAUUAGACUAUAUACAUCAGAAGUGAUUUCCAAGACUGCUUUUGGGAGUAGUUACGUAGAAGGGAAGAAGAUUUUUCAGAUGUUGAUGAAAUUGGCCUCGUUAACAGCCAUCAAUGGUUACAAACUCAGGUUUCCCGGCAUCAGUAAAAUUUAUAAAACAAAUGAUGAAAUUGAAUCGGAGGAGCUUGAAAAAGAUAUACACGACUCUAUAUUAGAGAUAAUAAAGAAAAGAGAAAUGAAGGUAAUGACUAGAGAGUUCGGCAGCAGUACCGGGGGUGAUUUUCUUGAUUUACUUUUAAAGGCUCAUCAUGAUGCCAAUGUUGAUCGAAGGAUUUCAGUACAAGAUAUAGUGGAUGAGUGCAAGACAUUUUACAUUGCUGGACAAGAAACCACUACUACUUUACUUACAUGGACUCUAUUUCUUCUGGCAAUCCACCCUGAUUGGCAAGAGAAAGCAAGAAAGGAGGUGCUCGAUUUUUUUGGCCAACAAAAUCCAACUCCAGAUGGCAUCACAAAACUCAAGACCAUGAGCAUGAUCAUCAAUGAGACUUUGAGGUUAUAUACUCCUACACUUUCAGUACUAAGAAUAGUUGAAAGGGAAGCUAGACUGGGGAAGCUCAUUCUUCCAGCUAAUCUAUCAUUGUACAUCCCACCUCUUGCACUUCAUCAUGACCCUCAAAUUUGGGGAGAGGGCGUGCAUCUUUUCAAACCAGAGAGAUUCUCAGAAGGUGUUGCCAAGGCUACUAACAACAACAUAGCUGCUUUUUUUCCCUUUGGAAUGGGACCUCGGACUUGUGUGGGUAUGAACUUUGCCACCAAUGAAGCAAAGAUUGCUCUUUCAAUGAUUCUACAACGCUAUGCCUUCACCAUAUCCCCAACCUAUGUCCACUCACCAGUUCAACAUUUUACCCUUCGUCCACAACAUGGAAUUCAAGUGCUGCUACACCCAUUGUGAGGACCGGCCAGAAUUAGCAAUAAAAUGUGCACUUGGUGCACGGCACAUCUUGGGAUUUGUAGCCUUUUUCUUUCUGUUGUUAGUUAAUUAGCUUGGGAUUUGAUGGCUUGGAAGAAAUAAGAAAAAUAAAUGAAGUCACGGUUCCGGUUCAAAAAUAGGAUGUGUAAAUUUGUGUACUAGUUGCAGCUCUACGUGAUACGUAAGAAUGAACAUUACUUUGUAAUUGUGGUA